AGAGACGUACUUCUCAAGUCGAAAAGCGCUCCAGCCGUAGCUACGUCGGGACUCAGUGUAGCUCGCUUCCAACAUUCUCUGAGACUUCUGGGGCCACAUCCUUGAACCAAAAGAUGCAGCGAUUCCUAACACUGCAGAUAAGCUAGAUCGUGAGUAGGCCAGAUAUAAUGCGGGCUUGUCUCACCGCUUGAAAGCUGUACUCUGUGCUUGGCCUCAUGUGGCCGGCUUCCUUAACAAGAUGCAGGUGUCCGACCAACUCGGCUAGUCACGACUAUCGAGGAACUUUGAGGAAUUUUGACUGGUAGUGCCAGAAGUAUCCAGAGAGCAAAGUUCUGCAUUUUCGGGUGUCCAUUUACUUGUGACCGGCUGAGAAAAAUUGAGGAGAGAAGACGCUUUGCAAUUUCAUCCUCAUGAACUACUUGCUCCUGUGCAAUCGAUGCCUUGUAACAGGAGUUGGUUCUCCUUGAUAACCUAGAUCGCUGUCGAUGCAACAUCCUGUUGAUGUCGAAGACGAUACGUGCAAGACCUGUGAACGCGAGAUCAUUUUUUGAGAAGAAUCUUCAGUCAGGAAAUAUAAAGUUCAUGCCGUUGUCUACCAAUGAAAACUUCACCUCGAGAUCAUCUUGCCCCAUCGCGUGCUAUGAGGUCUCGUGAACAGCUCGGACUUGAAAUGU